AAUUCUGUUUCUGUGUCAUCUGAUGACAUUUAGUUGUUUGGCUUUAGCGUUAUAAUUUUAUUUUUGCUCGAACAAAUCUGUAAACAUAACGAUUAUAAUAAUAUGUUUAUGAAAUUAUAACAAUUUAUACGCUUAUAGACGUUUAAUGGAAGAUGUUGGUUAUAAUAUUUUUUAAUUAGGUCAUUCGUAUCUUACUAAGUUACUAUAUUGGUUACCGGUGGUGUGUGAAGUGAUUUAUAAAGUCUGAAUAAUAAUUUUAUAAAGGAGAGAGUACGUUGAUAUGGCCGAUAAUGAUGAUUAUUUAGAUUCGAUUGACAACAAUCAUAUAGACGGAGCCAACGGUUCAGUAAAUAUGACCGACAACAGCCUGGGAGGCGAUGAAGCAUCAGGCACAGAGGUUCCAGAUCUGGCUGCCAUCAAGGCCAGGGUGAGGGAAAUGGAGGAAGAAGCUGAGAAAUUAAAACAAAUGCACACAGAAGUUGACAAACAAAUGAGCUUGGGAAGCCCACCGGGACUUACAAGUCCACUCAAUAUGUCUAUAGAAGAGAAAAUAGAAGUUGACAACAGAUCAGUAUAUGUUGGUAAUGUUGAUUAUGGAGCCACAGCUGAAGAAUUAGAACAGCACUUUCAUGGUUGCGGAUCUAUUAAUAGGGUUACAAUAUUAUGCAAUAAGUUUGAUGGACACCCUAAAGGUUUUGCCUACAUAGAAUUUGGAGACAAGGACAGUGUGCAGACAGCAAUGGCUAUGGAUGAAUCUUUGUUUAGAGGGCGUCAAAUUAAGGUGAUGCCAAAACGCACGAACAAGCCAGGCUUAUCAUCAACAAACCGACCGCCACGAGGCAUGCGCGGUCGAGGUCGCUCCUUCCGUGGCGGUGGCGGUGGUGGCUUUUCGCCGUACUUCUCCGUCUACCGGCCCGUGCGCCGCGGCAGACCAUUCAGGCGCAGCUCGUAUUACUUACCGUACUGAGUGCGGUAGAGGGGGGACUGAGCCCCUGUUCGCGAAGUGCGAAAUGUUAAAUGUGGAUGUGUGUGGAAUAGUUAAGUUAUUGUGCGAUACGACUAAAUUACCUCGAGGCUAGUUAAGUGCCGUUCCAUUUUGACAAGUGCGAUUUCAAGACAUGGGUUUUGAUAUCUGAUAUAUAAUAACACUUGAUGAUGUAUAUCAAAAUCAGUUUUAGCCGUGUACCAGUGCAGAUGACUUUCUGCGGUUAGGUUAAAGUUUAUGUGUAAUUUUACUUUGUCAAACUUUUUAUAAUGCUGAUUUCUAAUUAAUUUCUCGUUCAUCUAAUGCCAUGCUGUUAUAAAUUUUAUUCUAAACUUAAUUACGUAGUUAAUAAAGGUUUAAAUAUAAAAGCCCUAUUGCUAGAUAUAUUAAAAAGAUGAAGUGGCUAAGUAUUUUUAAUACCUAAUAUAAAUAAGUAAAAUGUUAAGACAUAUACGUUAAGUAACAUAAAUGAUUUUGUAAUAAUAAAAAGAUAGAAAUUUUAGACAAUUACGAUUUGUAACAAGGUGUUAAUAGAUCAUAGAUAAUAAUGAUUGACAAAUAGUGUCAGAUAAUAAAAAAGCAAUCUAGGAUACCUUUUCAGGAUAUUUGAGAAUAUAGUAUAAUAAUUUAUUGAAGCCUUCAUCUUAAGAGUUCCGUUAUUUUCGAGUACAUGAGGACAUUUAAUAAUAAGCUAUGGAACUUCUAUACCCUUUUAAUAUACCCACCAUAGAAUAUAAGUAUUUUAAGUAUGAUUAGUUUUUCUUUCACUGGUUUUUAGUAACAACGAUCCACAUAACAGGAAAAGUUAUGAUUUUUUCAAAAGCAUUUCAACAAGAAGUAUACUUUUUCCAUCACCUUGUUACGAUCAGUUUUUGCUACAAUAUUUUAUUGUAGCACAAACAGCACAAGCUUUGAAAAAAAGAAAUAAACACAAUUUAAUCUCUUACAGCAACCUUAGUUUAAAAUAUAAAUAUAGUAUUGCUCGUAAUGUAUGCUAAAUGUUCUCAGUACAUUGCUACACAUUUACAGUUAUUUUUUUAGUCUUAUGACUAAUAUUUUGAAGUUAAUUGAAUUCAUUUUAAUGUGUAUUAGUAGUAUUGUGGAAGUAAGAAUAUAUUUUGUUAUAAACUGUUUAUAAUAAAAUCGUUUGAUGUGAUAAGCAGCGACUAGUAUGUAUUCCACACAAACAGUAUUCAUUUUUCAAUAGAUAAUAAAAAUGUUAUAAAAUAAAA